UUACUUAAAAAUUUAAAAAAAAGUUUUAUUUAUUUAAGUUUAUUACCCGCUAUUUUACUAGUUCUAUUUAUUAGAAAGCCUAGAAGAAGGCUUAGAUUUUAUAUAAAUUAUUAUAUUCUAAAUAUAAUUUUUAUUAAAAACUACUAUUUAUUCCCACUUGUAAAAAAAACUUUAAAUAAUCUAAAAAAAAAUAUAUUAUUUUAUCAAAAUUAA